AUGAGCAAGGAUGGGGCCUCCGGCGUAUCGGGGAUCCUCAGCCCUUCUUAUGCAGGCAUGGGCAUAGAGCCGUCGAAUCUGUUUUCAUUCACGGGAACCAGCUCGAGCGGCAAUGCAUUUACCAAUCAGCUCCUGACGAAUCUCGGCCAGAUGACGGGUAUCCCGCCCCAUAUUCGCGUAGGAGGCAAUUCGGCGGACCAGAUGAAGUUCGACCAAGACUACAGCGGCUUCAAUUUGGAGAACAAUCCUAACCCCACAGGCCAGGGCUAUGGCUAUCAAACAGAUCACUUCAUCUUUGGGCCCAACUACUUUACCGCUCUCGACACACUGCCCAAGAGCACGCCUGUGACUGUCGGUAUCAACAUGGCCUACACCGGUAGCGACUAUCUCCAGGAGGUCGUCAACCAGGCCGCAGCGGCCAUGAACAUGUCCAACGUCAACGUCGUCGGCCUUGAGAUGGGCAACGAGCCCGACCUUUACAAGCAGCUCGGCUUUCGCUCGAGCGAUUGGAGCACGACAGAUUAUGGAAACGAGUGGUAUGAGCGGGUGCAGGCAGUGUACAAUGCGACGCUCAAACAACACAAUAUCGGCACCGCCUUCUGGGAGGCACCCUGCACGGCGACGACGGCGGUCCACAACGACUACCGCAUCUCCAACAUGGUCAACACUGCCGUCGCCUCGGGCUCAGGAGUCUGGCUCGCUGGAUGGAGCCAGCACGACUACUACUACUACGUCAACGUGAGCAACUAUCAGCUCACCCUCGAAUUGCUCCAGAACCUCGGCACGACUGAGAGCCAAUUCGACGAAUGGGCCAAGCAGGCGCAGCAGGCGAAGGUCACGGGCAAGCCCUACUACCUGCGCGAGAUGGGGAGUGUCGGUCCCGAAGGCAUCGAGGGCAUCAGCGACACGUUUGGCAACACGCUCUGGACUUUUAACUUUUUCCUGUAUGCUGCGACGGUCAACGUGGCAUCCGUGCAGAUGCACAUGACGGACAAUUCCUAUUCUGCACCCUGGGAGCCAAACGAAAGCACCAACAGCGAUGGCUCGAAGCGUGCUCCCUUUGUGCGAUCCAGCUACGCGGCCUACGCGGCCAUCAACCAGGUCAUUGGCGCAAAGUGCGCGACGUCUGUCGCCCCGCUGACGGUCAACAACCCGCCUAGCGGCUACAGCAACUACAUGCGCGCCUACUCGAUCUACGAUGGCGACAGCUUGUCGGGCGUGGCGCUGUUCAACACAAAGGUGGUGCGCCAGAGCGACGGCGGUGCCAGCACGCAAAACUUCCAGCUGAGCCUGCCCGGCGCGGCGGGCAAGACGGUGUACAUCUCCACGCUCAACGCAGACUAUGCCGACAGCACCCAGGGCACUACCUGGAACGGCGUCAGCUACGAGACGUCGGAUGGCAAGCCGGCCACGACGGACUCGGCAGACCACACGGCCACUGUUGGCAGCGACGGGUCCGUCUCAAUUCCUGUGCGCGACAGCCAGGCCGUCGUCGUCAACAUUGGUUCCAAGCUGGGCACGACAAACAACAAGGUGGACUCCAAGGCUUGCAAUACUCUGGCCUCCACGACAGCCGAGGGCGGAGCCUCGUCGACGACGGGCAGCAAGGGUACCGCACCCACAUUCAAGUCCACGUCUGGCUUCGCCUCCAAUCUCGCCCUGCCCCUGGGCGCCAUCAUCGGCAUUGCCGCGGGCGGCGGGGCGGCCGUGCUUAUCGUACUGGCCUUCUGCAUCUGGUGCUGCGUACGCAGGCGUAGGAGAAGA